AAAGAAUUCGGUAACAAAACGUACCACAGCAAUAAACGGUGUAAAAGUUCGGCAUCCAAUCGAUAGCUGUCUUUAUUGUUGUGAUUACAUGGUCAUUAAUUAUUAUCGUUUGUUUUUUGUCAUACAACUGUUGUGGUGCGUGCUACUUAUAUUGAUAUAAGUAGUAUAUAACGUGAGUCAAAAGAACGUAACGUCUGGCAGCAGAAGAUGGAGAAGAUCAAGAAAAGAAGAGCGAGAAAACAAUGGAAUUUGUAAGAAAUCGCAUGAACAAUGAAAUGCGAGACAAUGGAUUGAUGUUUGCAAAAGCAACAGUCCCGUUUGAUAUGAUAGAAUAAUAUUUUGCAAAUUAACGAUUUACUAUAUGGUUUUUCUAUUUUACCAAGUAAUUCUGUAAUUUGUUCUAAAUUCAAUUUGGUUGUCCUCACCCGUGUUCUCCUUCUCUACAUUUGGUGUCGCUGCCUCCACUAAGGAUGAAGAUUCCAUGGCCGAAGGAGUUUGAGGCCGUGGCGGAGCUGGUGGGAGUGAAGGGGCCGAAGGCGGAGCUGGUGGUGCUGGGGGCGCUUCUGAGAGGCAGGGCGAAGGCUGUGUAUGACAGCUUGGACGGUGCUGGCGGGAAGACGACAGGGGAGGCAGUCGCGGAGCGGUUGGCGGCGGAGUUUGGCAGCCCAGUGGACGGGGAGGACGCGCCGCAGAAGUUCCGGCUGGCGAGGUUGCCGGUCGAUGGUGGCCCACUGGUGCUGGCUGUGGAGCUUACCAGAUUGUUACGCCGUGCGCUGCCGAGUCUCGAUGAGGAGUCGGAGGCACAGUUGUUGGCGUCACAGUUUGUCGAGAGUGUGCCUGCCACCGUCUCCCAACAGCUGAAACUGGUAAACGCAGCGCAACCGAUGGAUAUCAGUGAACUGGCGAAGGUGACUCGUCAGCUGAUGACGCGAACAGUAGCUCCGGUCGGGUGCGAAAAGCAGGAGAUGAGUAAUGUCGAGAAGAAGAUUGAGGAGCUGGAGCGUGAGAUUGCAGCAAUACAAGUGAACAAUAAAAGGAACGAUAAAUGUUACGCUUGUGGAGGGACAGGACAUUGGAAGAUAAACUGUCCAACAAGACGAAGACGCAGAUAUGUUAGACGUUACAACGAGUGUUCUUUCUAUCCUAGGAAUCUGGGGAUUGUUGCGUUAGUAGACAGAGGGGCAGUAUAUACGAGAGUGAACAUAAAUGAGCGAGAUUUAGUUUGUCUGAUCGAUACAGGUGCAGCAGUAUCGUUAAUAGGCAAAGAGCAAUGUAAGAGAAUCAAGCCGUGUACAUUAGCUGUCCACACGAUAGGGGGCCAUAUGUUAGAGGUGUUUGGCGUAUCUAACAGUAUCGUAAAAUUGGGGGAUGCUGAGAUAAAUUUUCCGUUCGUCGUAACCACAAGCUUAUCGAGACCGAUAUUAGGAGCAGAUUUCCUAAAAGAAGUAAAAGCGAUAGUUGACUUAAGAAACGGUAAGGUGGUCACGAAAUAUGGUUCAUUGACAAUACACGAAAGUAGCGAAGUGGCUGAAAUAAGAGUUGCAGCGGAUGUCUCGUCAAAGAAACCAAACAUUCACGAGUUAUGCAAAAAGUAUGCGAAACUAUUCACGGGAGAUGGGGAGCCGUAUGGACUUUGUGACAGAGUAAAGCACGAAAUACCGAUAAAGAACAGUCGAGUAAAUAUAUUUGCAUCACGUCGUGUCCCGGUGCAUUUAGAGGCCGAGGUAAAUCGUCAGGUCCAGGAAAUGUUAAAAGAAGGUAUAAUUGAGGAAGCGGACAGCCCAUAUAGCUCGCCGGUACUCUUGGUAAAGAAACCAAAUGGAAAGUAUAGAUUUUGUGUCGACUUCAGAGAAUUGAAUAAUAUAACAGACCUGAAGCCUUGUGCAAUGCCAACAGUGGUGGAAACAUUAGAUCGGCUACAGAAUGCCACGGUGUUUACAGUGCUGGAUUUACGGUCAGGUUAUUGGCAACUGCCUAUAAAACAGAGUGAUCGAAGCAAGACAGCGUUUACUGUACGUGAUAAACAGUAUCAAUUUAAACGAAUGCCGUUCGGGUUGGCGGGUGCACCGUUCACGUUCAGAAGAUUAAUGACACUACUGCUCAAGAAUCUAGAUAAUGUCGAGGUAUAUGGCGACGAUGUAGUUGUGUACAGUCAAACAGAAGCAGAUCACAUCAAGCAUGUGGAAGCGGUCUUAAAGCGAAUUGACGAAUUUGGACUUCGGAUUAAUAAGGACAAGUCGCAGAUAGCGAAAAGUAGCGUCACAUUGUUGGGACAUAAAGUGGGAAAUGGAGAAAUAAAACCAUUGCCGGAGAAAAUUCUUACCAUAAAAAAUAUUGCAGUACCUAAUUCGAAAAGGAAGUUGAGACAGUUCCUGGGAAGAGCGGCGUUCUACAGUCGGUUUGUCAAGAAUUUCAACGAAAUAGCAGCACCCUUAUAUAAGUUAUUGAGCGGCACCAAGUUUACGUGGACUGACACUGCCGAACAAACGUUCAACCGAAUCAAAAACAUGCUAGACGAUCGCCAGAUGACGCUCAGACUGCUUGAACCGGGAAGACUGUUUACAGUGGCCACAGACGCGAGUGAUCAUGGUAUAGGUGCUGUGUUGAGUCAGGCUGAUAGAGUGGUGGAAUACGCGUCCUCACACCCGCUGAACAGAAGUAUUCAACCAUCGAAAAGGAGUGUUUAGCGAUCGUGUGGGCAGUGGAAAAAUGGAGACCAUACCUCUUAGGUAGAUGAUUUCACAUUGAGACUGACCAUAAACCCCUCCAGUGGUUGAGAACAGCAAGAGACCCCCGAGGGAAGUUGGCGCGAUGGAUGAUACGCCUGUAAGAAUACGAUUUCAGUAUCGGCCAUGUUCCAGGAAAAGAAAACGUAAUGGCGGAUUACUUGUCAAGACCAGACAUGGAAGCCGACCUGCCACUAACAGCAUACGCGGUGAAUAGUUUAGAGGGAGACCCAUUAGAACUCGUCUGGCAGCAGAAAGCUGACCCUAACCUUCGAGAGGUAAUCAGAGUGAUAAAAGAGGGAGCAGACGUAGAUAAACGAACAAUGGACAAGGAGGUAAUAACGCUGCUUCGGCAAAAGGAACGACUGAGAGUGAACUCAUAUGGAGUGCUGACCUGGCAGGACGAUGAUGAGAAUUGGGUGGCGGUGAUCCCGAAAGACUGGCGGCGUAAAGUGAUACACGAGUGUCACCAGGUAGCACAUACAGGCAUCGCAAGAACGACGGACUUACUACGACAAAGUGCAUACUGGCCGAGCAUGAGAGACGAUGUGGCUGAAUACGUAUUAACCUGCCAGCAGUGUCAGCUAAUGAAAAGCGAUCGAUACAGACAACCGCCAUUACAGUCAAUCCCAGUAACCGCAGUCGGUGAUCUAUGGUCGGUGGAUGUGAUGGGACCGUUUCCACAGACGGCGAGCGGUAACCAGUACCUGUUAGUGAUGACGGAACAUGCUACACGUUGGGUAGAUGCCGUACCCAUUGCAGACCAGCGGGCAAGGACAGUGACCGAGGUGGUAAUCCGGCAUAUUGUAGCGUGUCACGGAAUACCGAAGAUGAUAUUAACUGACCAGGGUCCCUGUUUUGAAAGUGACGAGUUUAAAGCCCGUUUAAAGCAGUUUGGCAUCAAGAGAAUACGAACUACACCGUAUCAUCCUCAGACAAACGGGCUUACAGAGAGAAACAAUCGAACGUUAAAGGAAUGGUUAGCAUCAAAAGGAGGAAAUUGGGAGAAAGAGUUACCAUUGAUUUUGCUGGCACAUCGUUCCUCCACACAAGGAACAACCAAGACGUCACCUUUCUUGCUCAUGUAUGGCAGACAACCACGACUUCCAAUGCAUAAUAAGACCUGGCCACAACAACAGAAGUGGACGACAACAAGGUUAAGAAAAGAGAGGAGAGAGGCAAUAAGGAACGUGGAAAAGAAACAAAUAUCAGACACAAAGAAGGCAGAACAACAGAGGAGAACGUGGAAACCCUUUGCAGUGGGGGACCUAGUAAAGUGUAGAGAACGAAAAAGUAACAUAGCAGGGGGAGCAGGGUCGGGGAAGCUGGCCCCAAAAUGGGAAGGACCGUAUGUUAUCACGGAGAGACGCGGCUCGGUCUACACGAUCCGGAGAGAAGACAAGCAGAAGCGCGUAAAUGCUAGUCAACUACAGAGAUGGUUUCAAGAUCAUCAUGGGUGUGAAUCACGAAAAGCACCAAAGAACACAGCGGUACGGAGAUCAGAAAGACUACGACAGCAACUUGUUAAAAGGGGGGACGAGUGUGGUGCGUGCUACUUAUAUUGAUAUAAGUAGUAUAUAACGUGAGUCAAAAGAACGUAACGUCUGGCAGCAGAAGAUGGAGAAGAUCAAGAAAAGAAGAGCGAGAAAACAAUGGAAUUUGUAAGAAAUCGCAUGAACAAUGAAAUGCGAGACAAUGGAUUGAUGUUUGCAAAAGCAACAGUCCCGUUUGAUAUGAUAGAAUAAUAUUUUGCAAAUUAACGAUUUACUAUAUGGUUUUUCUAUUUUACCAAGUAAUUCUGUAAUUUGUUCUAAAUUCAAUUUGGUUGUCCUCACCCGUGUUCUCCUUCACUACACUGUCACUUGGAUAAAUAUUGUUCUAUUCGCAUUAAAAUUGUCUUCUUACUUAUUUGUGAUUUUCAUUAUCUCAAUUAUUAAACUUGUGUAAACUCAUCAAAUCUAUAAUUAUUACGUAGCCAUCCUAACAAUUUUCUUAUUGUAGAUAAUUACUGCCUUUCCCUCUCUGUGUUUUCUGUCUACCCUAACCUUUCUAGUCAUCAAUAUAUAUUAUUUAAUAAUAUGUUGUAUAUCAGUGUUAAUACGACUGUAAGCGGCUGCUGAGGAACUGCGAUAUUAAUAUGAAUCCAUUUUAUUGUGGAUCAAAAGUCGUUUUUAUCCAAACAAUAGAAAUGUUUACGUAAUCAGAUGAUAUUAAGAAUACCAUCGUGUUCUAAUAUCACAGUUUUAUUUAUCUUUUUUGUUUAUGAAUUAUUAACCCAUUAAACAAAUAUCAAUGUAAGUCACGGGUUCGGGGGAUAUACACACAUACCGUUAGUUUUGUGACUUUAAGCCCGGCUAGUUACCAAUAAUUUAUUCGCCAAUCAAAAUACGACCUAUACAAUUUUAGUACUGUGCCAAACCAAUGACAUCCGACUGGUAUGAGCAGCCUUGCGUCCUUAUCGGUCCUUUUUCCUUCCAGCCCUGCCUGUUGAGUCCAGAACACCAAUCUCAGCUUCUGCUAUAUGAAUCAUUUAUUUCAAACAUACUGGGUUUAUAUACAAACCAUUAGUAGUUCACAGAAGUUACCCGUAAUUUAAUCUUCACUAGGAUAUAACAGUUAGUAUAUAGGUGUCUGAUUUGUGGCGAAGUUGAUGGAGUUGCUGAUCCUAUACCUAACCCCACGCCAGUUUACAGGCAUGAUCAGCUUGAUAUAAAUAGUAACAUUAAAUGUAGAGAACAAACAUGUGAUAUAAGAUUGUUUUAAGUUUACUAGUUCAAAAUUGUUUAGGUAGCAUAUUUAUGACAUGCAUUACAGCAAUGCAAUGCACCGGCCGGAAACUUUUAUUUCUUCUUAAGUGGACAUCCUGUUGAUUUAUGAACAAUGCAUUUAAGGUCAUUUCCUGUGCCAUAACGAAUUAAUUAUAAUCACCUACUACUAUAAUGCAUGUAUCAUGUGACUCAGUGACAUAAUGUUCAUGUUAAAAACUAUUCAAAUUAGUUAGGGUUGCCAGGGGGGGUGGUUUUACUUAGAGAAUUCAGUAACAAGAAUGGCUAAACAUUUAAAGUUUCUAUAAUCUCACUUGUGCAAUAAGAUACACUUACGGGUGCUAGAACAUUUAAUGCAUUUUCACAGAAGCAGCAUGCAUCAAUGUAGCGAACAAAGAAUGGGAGUGACUUUAUCUUACAUAUAGAUUGUGGCAAAUCCUCCUGUAGCUCUCCUAGAGUUACCGCCGGUCCCAAGCCCGGGUAAAGGAGGAGGGUUGGACAUGGGGUCGGCAACUAAUAACCGGCUAUUAGUGAAAAUAUCUCUGAAAAAGACGAGACUAUUAUUCACUCCCAAUCCACAAAACUGAGAUUUGAAAGAAAGGUGGUCCAGUUUUAGUAGCCCGACUGAAAUUUUUGCGAAAAUCCGGGAAAUUGACGUACUACCAUUUAAAUAGACUCAAUCGUAGAUCCUCCCAGCUUCUAAUAAAGGAAAAACAUCCUAUUGUGACAAUCACAGAGAUAUCAGAUUGACUGAAGCAGUGUCUAGAAUACUAGCCUCAAAAAUAAUUCGACAUCAAAAAGAGCUCGUGAACAGAUGACAAGGCUGAUUUCAGACCUGAACGUGGGUACACAGACCAAAUAUUCAACCUUCGGCAGAUGCUAAAACAUAAACAUAUUUUCCGACGUCUUCUGACUACAUUAAGCAACAAUACAAGCAAUUUGAGAUGCCAUUAUCCCCAUCCAAAUGUAAAAUGUCGAUUCAUAGUUAAUUUGUGUCUGUGUCCAAAUUCUUCAAACAGAGUGAAGUAGUUGAACACAUCGACCACUUCACUUACCUUGAUAGUCUCAUCAGUAUUGAUGCUCACUCUUGUGUGCGACGAAAUCUCGAAACAAAUUUAGAAGGCUUAAUUGGCUCUGCAAACUUGCGUCAGUUGUGGUAUAGGCGAUAUCCGUCUUACAAUCAAAAAGCGAGUUUACACAGCAGCAAAUCGUUCCGUACAACUUUAUGGGUACGCAAUAUGACCAUUAAGAGUAGAGGAUAUUCGUAGGUUACUGACAUUCGGUCAUAGAUGUCUACGAAGCACUCCUCGUAUAUUUUAGGACAAGUGAUAAGCAAACCCUCGGUUAAGAAUACGGUACUAGGUAAGGAUGGCAAACCGAUUGAUGACGUAAUAAAUCACCAUCAAACGAAGUGGUCGGGAUAUGUAUCACAUAUGCUCAAACACCGCCUAUCUCUACGGGUGAAGUUCUCUGGUGUACGAGUAGGUUGGAAGAAAACUAGGGGCAGCAAAACAAAACACAUACAGACAGUCCACAAAGUCAUUGAUAAUUCGACUGAAACAUUUCAAUACGUCUACACUAUCUGGUUGGGAUACACAUGAUUAUCGUAACCACUGGUUCGACACUUCCAAUCACAUGGCUCGAAAUCGUUUGCAAUGGCUCAGGUGCAUCUAUUCUGUCUUCUCACAAAUUCUCAGCUUCUCAAUUCCUUACAACCUUUCUCAUCUUUCUAUUUCACUCAUUUGUAUUUUCUUCUCCAAUCAUAUAUUCGAUGCCUAAUCUUUCCUAUUACCAAUCAUAUUGUUACUACAUCUACAAUUAUCGGAUUUCACCUGACAACUUCAUCUCUCUGUACAAAUGGGGUAUGGUAACUUGAAUUGAUGUAUAAACGAAACAGGUUCUACGUUGCGAUUGACUGACAUUGCCAGUAGUCGUUAUCAGAGAGAGCAACAGGGAUAAAAUACGUUUGGCUGCCUUACGUGAAAGUUAUUUUUCAGUUGUAUUUUCCGACUUAUUGGCUAAAAAGAUGAUGAUUCUCAAAGAAUAAGCCUAACAAUCAUGUCUUAAUUGAUUGGAGGAUGAGAAACCCACAAGUUAAUUUCUUCCAAUCUUCUGUGAUAUGUCUAUCAUGUUUAUUUUUUGUUCAUACUCUGUUUAUAUACAUGCUAUUUAAUUAUAUCUGACCAGUGGUAUUGUCUUUGACUUGAAAUCCUUCGGAGGCCCAAGCCAAUAAUAAGGUCUCACGAGUAGGCACUACUCAAUCAAGCUACAUCAUUGCGUACAUCCGUCGAUCAGCAUUAUAUUCAUUAAUUUUGAAAGUAGAAAAUUCCAUCUGAUCAAAUUCCUAGAAAAGUUCCUCCAUAAUAAUGGCAUCUUUCGGAGGUCAAAUCAAAUUGUAACGCCAGUUUAUGAAGUCACUCACUGAAUUGUGUUGGUAGAUACAGACUACAUAGUCGGGUUCCGCCUGAUAACCAUAAUCGAGUGGUCAUAGAUUUUGGAUAAUAAUGGCAAAGAAUCAGUCAAACGACACAGAUCCAUUCACUUUUUAUCAUACUGUAGAUUUUUAGCUUCAUUAUUCCUUGAUACCUUACCUCGCCACAUUGUUCCUACGAACCAUAUUAUUCAUGUUCAGUCUUUCUCUUCACUAUCGCUAUUAGAUUAUUUCGAUAACUUCGCUAUUCCUCUUGUAAAUCUUAUCUUGUCGCGCUAAUUCGGUAUAGAAAUUUGGGACAAAAUUCAUGUGAAAGGCUCUUUGCUGAGUAUGACUGAAUGAUUGAAUAAUGGUAUCGUUUUCCCUCUCUUACCAAAUAACAUUCUUAUUCAUUUAUUAACUGACUGCGGUAACCCUUUCUCCCCUUUCUAUUCUUCAAUGAAUUAUUUGUGUGGUUUCUUGUCUGAUCCCCUUACUCAUACGCCAUCUUUGGUUUAAAAUAAAUGAAUAAAUUAAGAAACUACCAAAUCAGAUUUCAGUCUACUGACCAUCUCCAAAAAAAAUAAACAGAUGUGUUGAGCGGUGGCUUAUUAGCAGAGAAAAUGACCCACUUUUAACAACUAGGUCGUAGGUUCGACUUCUGUUUCACUUCAUUUUCGGUAGGCAGACAGUCAGAUAGGUACCACUAAUCCUUUCACAUAGUUUGGCUUACAGUUAGGUACACAAAUCUGUACUUAUUGAGUUGGCAUCACAAAAAGCGAACACAAUAUUAAAUUCCAUACGACGUUUUACUCUUCAAAUAAAACUACUAAUGAGUGUUUGAUUUAUAAAUUCAAACAAUAGUUAGUAUGGAGUUGUGGAGAAUGUAAUAAUUGAUUAAAAUCACUAGCCGAUCCAAGUUAAAAAUUAUUGAAAACUUGAAAGCAGUAGAUAGCCCGGUUGCGGAUUUCCAUACUAGGACGAAAUGGCCGUCCAAUAUUUCCAGGUUUCCAAUGAUUGUCUAACUUAGAUCAUUUCGCAGUUGCAAUAAAAACAAUAAUCAAAAAUCAUAAAGUAUACACUAGUAGAAAAUGAAAUCAUUCUAGAAAUAAACAGAAACUACCUGAAUGAUGUUGUACAUCAUGAGGAUAAUGUACAUGAAAUCCCUCUCUAGAAUUUUGCAUAUGCUGAGACAAUGGUGAUGCACUACUAUUAAUAUUAUUAUUAUUACUAUUAAGGAUUGACGAAGGGUAAGGAGAUGCAGUAGUGCUGCUUGUAGGUGGUGGUACCAUGUGCUGAGGGUGUUGUGGUUGUUGCUGCAAAAUAGGAGGACCACCUCCAGUUGGUCCACCAUGUGGAUAAGGAUGAAUGUACUGUGAUUGAGGAUGAGGAUACGGCAUUUGAGACUGGGAACACGGAUAUUGGCCAUGAUGAUUUGAAUAUGAAAGGGAUUGAUUAUUAGGAUAUGGUCCAGUGGCUGAAGGUUGUGCAUGUUGUCCAUUAUGUUGUAUCAAAUUUGAAGCAUUAGAGACAGGAAUCGAUGGAGGCGGAUAGCCGCCGCCACCGCUAACACCACCAACACCAACUCCUCGGUCUGUUGAAGAUCCAAGAUAAGGUGGACGGUUAACUGAAAAUAGAGUAUAAAAGAUAUUUGAUAAUACAAUCUCAGAAAAUGACGUUUAUUAAGUGGUUUAUACAUAUAUAUUUCCAUAACUGUAUUGCUUGAAAUUGUUUAUUAUAAACACUUCAAUUUCAAAAAGCAUGAGUGGGAAUUAACAAGAUGGAUAGCGAAGGAAUCAAAACAAUAUCGUAGUAAUGGUAAUGAGAAAGACUAAGUAUUGAGGAUAUGGUUCGAGAAGACAAAAAGAAAAAUGUGUAUGAAGAAAGUUUGGAGUUCAAGAUCGACAGGAGGAAAACUGGUGAGUAAAUUUAAGCAACUGAGACCGAUUCUAAGUCCUAUCACUUGGUGUCCAUAACUACUGAUCGUGAUUAUCAGGCGAAUGCUAAGUAGUCUGCAUCUAACUACAUGGCCCUAAACGAACAAUCGAUGACUGCACAAACGGAUGGUGUUUCGGUUUCACCGCAUCUAAUUUUCUCUUAACCUACUUCCACACCAGCAAACAUCGACCGCCAAGGUCGGUAGUAGUUAGACAUAUGUAGUACAUGUCGAGAAAGAGCAGCAGAAGCGAUGUUUGAAAAAUUGGAAUAGCAAUAAAACAAAUGAAACCCAAAACCAGCCUUUGCAAGAACAAACGAAUGCCCUGGUACGGCCGAGAGUGGGGAGAGUCGGCUCUCCCUCUCGAAAUACUCUCACACGGUCGCGCGUAUACAGCCUCUGCCAGGGAAGUCCUACUCAUUGCCUUUUCGUGGCGGGGGUGUUGUUUACGAAAAUGAGAGGACGAAAAGCGAAUGUCCGGCGCUUUAACCGGAUUCCAAACCAAUUGUGCACAUGGGCACCAGUAUCCUGCGGGAACAAAUGGCGUAUGAACCAAUCGUUGGUCACCGGCUACCAUGGGAUUGCAUCUCCUUACGAUGUUCCAC